UUACUUGCAAAUUAUUAUGCGACAUUAUUUUGAAAAUAUUGAGAAGUUUCUAGUCUCUCCUCUUUUCCCUUUCUCACCUCAAAGUGACUAAUUAACCACCUGCCUCUCUCCCUCCUUUUAUUUCCCAAUCUCCAUAGCCCCCCAAAAUAGUAUUCCUCAAGCUUCUUGAAUUGGAUACUCUAAUAAAGUCCAAUAAUGCCACCACCACUUCAGUCUAGUCUAUAUUUCCCAAUGGACAAUCCAACAAUACUGUCUUUACUCCACCCUACUCCCGGAGAGAAGCACAAAAGUUCCAGUAAUGGUGGCGGUCUCCUGCGUAUGUUUAAGCUUUUCCCUAUGCUAACCUCAGGUUGCAAGAUGGGAAAACCCCGCCGGAAGCCUUUGUUGAACCAUACUGCUGCAACAUGUACAAUUUUUGGGUAUCGUAAAGGCCGAGUUUUCUUAGCAAUACAAGCUGAUCCCAAUUGUGUGCCAAUGAUUGUGAUCGAGCUACCGAUGCUCACCAGCGUACUGCAAAAGGAAAUGGAAUCUGACAUGGUCAGGAUAGCACUAGAGAGUGAGACCAAGACUCAUAAAAAGAAACUGUUGGAGGAGUUUGUAUGGGCAGUGUACUGUAAUGGAAGAAAGAUGGGUUACUCUAUCAGGAAGAAACAUUUGUGUGACGACGAGCUUCAUGUUACGCAGCUUUUGCGAGGGGUGUCAACCGGUGCAGGCGUCCUUCCAACCCUAAAUCACAAGGAAAGUAGCGAUGGAGAAUUAACCUACAUGAGAGCAAGGUUUGAGAGGGUGGUGGGUUCAAAGGACUCGGAAGCUCUACACAUGAUUAACCCAGAUGGUGCACCUGGUCCUGAACUAAGUAUUUUCUUUCUAAGAUCUUAUUAGAAAGCUUCAAAAUUUACUUAACAAUUUUCAUUUAAUGUAAGAUCAUUACAUGUUUACGUAUUGUGAGUCAAGCUAGCUCAUCAUACUGCAUUAGUUGGUCUGUUACUUUCAUGUUGUUGAAAGGCAAUAUCAUCUCCUGUUUCUGCCUUGAGGUUAACUUUUGAAUCCCGACAAACUAGGUAUCCUGUCUCAAAAAAUAGACAAUGACAUCACUGAGAAAAAACUUGUAGUUAAUUCAAUAGCUACACAAUGAUAGGGGAAUCAAAUCCAAUAAUAAAAGAACAUGUCUAGCUUCAUCUUC